AGGGGGAGUGUUCCAAUGAACUGAAAGAAAAGGCAAGCUUUUCAAGCCCGUCUGGGUGAUCACUGCGUCUGGACGAUCACUGUCUAUGUCUGGAUGAUAACUGCGUCCGUAUGGUCACUGUGUCUGUGUGCGGGCCAAGAUCUGGGCCCUCCCCUCUCUGACCGCCGUCUGCCACUCCCCACCCCCAACACGGGGUCAUUGACAGGAGGAGGGAGAAGAGGCGGGCCCUAAUACAGAGUCAGAGAUCCCGCAGUACACUCAGAAGUCGGCUGCUAAGCUGGAAAAAUCGGGUCGGGUUGUAGAACAGGAUGCUAACAUGAGGAGGGUCCGUUUUUCAAACGGGGCUCCACGUUCGUGAUGUGUGCUCGGGCUUGGCGCUGACAGGCUGCUGGAUCGCGUACUCUUCUCCGCCCCUCGGCAGCCGGCUGGGGCUCCUUGACUCAUGCGAAAGAGAUCGGUCCGGGAAGCUCCAGCUCCAAUGGUUUUUGCUCCUGCAAUUACACAAGACCCCAUAAACAGGGCAUGGAUAUAUCUGAACUCGAGUUUGUUCAGAUAGUAAUAAUCCUGCUGGCGAUGACCUUCAUGAUAGUCGUCAUCAUCUGCCUACUCAACCACUAUCGGCAGCCAGCCCUAGCCUUCCUCAAUCGGCUCAACCACACCCAGAGGGACCAGGCCACACAAAUGCAUGGCAGCGAGUGGUCGGACAGUGUGCUGACUCAGCAGAGACAUGGUCAGGUCGUGUGUGGCCACCUGAAUAGUAGCCUGCCCCCAUUCAUACAGCAGCAGCAACUGUGUCGCCUCCAGCACACCUAUCCUGACCUACGGCAGGAGAUCAUCAACCUUCCCCCCAUCAUCUGCCUGUCAGACGGGGAGGAGCUGCUGCCGUACAAGGGUCACUGCAGCUUACAGCUCCGCCACCCAGAGCAGCAGCUGGAGCUUGUGCGAGCUGCUGUGCAUGCUCCCCCGAACCGGACUGUCUUCGAUGGUGACUUCAUAGACAUUUAUAUUCACAGUAAGAGUGUGAAGGCCCCCAGCAGUAACUCUGUAACCGAUGACGGCAAUGUCAGGACAGAGGAACCCCCACCCUCUUACAUUGAGGUGAUGGGGGACUACCCUGGGCCACACAGCAAUAAUGCUCCACCCACAGACAACGGCUCAUGACAUGGCAACUCACAGAUUGGGUUUGGUGCAGGCAGCAGUGAAAGCACAACAACCUCUACUGUUUUAAACAGGAGCAGCUAACAGAGUAAUCCAGUAUGGUCAAAGCAAAAGGAGAGCUGACCUGUCCUCAACAGUCUUUAUUCUCCAUAUUUCUUUCACCUGAGGGAAAGGCAGUCUGUCUACAUUUGCUCUGCUCCCUUACACAACUGAACUCGUUUUAGGUACUAUUUAGCUGCAAGAUGUUUUAUUAGGUGCUAACAAAUUCUGCUCUGGUUGUCUAUUUUUGUCUAUUUUCAUUUCAUGCCACCUCUCCCAGAAUCAGAACUUUUCCUAAUUGCAUGGAUGUUUUUACAAUGUUGAUUUUCCUGUAAAACCUUCUUAUGAAAAAACGUCUAAAUUCAUGGGACCUUUCCAAAUUCUAUAGUUGGACUCAUUUACAUUUUAGGGCAUGGCGGUGGCUGCCAUGCAAGAUGCCAACCAGCACAUCAGGAGCAGUUUGGGGUUCAGUAUCUUGCCCAAGGACACCUAAAAAAGUUUUUGGAGUACAGCUAUAGUAUUUGACAAGGUCCUAUGAAAGAAAAUCCAUGUGGGGAACUGAGAGGGCAUUGGUAAGUUGAUAUUGAACGACCCAUUUGAAGUUGCACUAACAUAUUGUCAAACGUUGCUCCAGUGAAACAGAUUGUCACAAAUUAGACUGUGAGCCAUUUUUCUAUUUCACUUUGACAUGAACGACAAAAUCCAGCUUUGUUUUGGUUGAUCAAAUGAAACUGGACAAACUCUAUUUGAACGCUUUUGAGUCCUAAUGAUAUGGAGCCAUGGUUAUGUGGGAUAUGCUUUUGGAUGAAAAUAUGUAUUUUUUAAUUUAUUUGAUAAUGCAGCUUGAGGAAAUGUGAAGCAAAGCGUAUAUUUAUCUGUCAGUGUUUAAGAAGAAUUUAAUGUGAGCCACAGAUGAUCGAGUUUUACCAUAACCUCCCAUGGUAGCCUGGCCUGGGACCUGCUUCCAGUCACUUCUUGCUGCUGCCACAUGCUGCUGCUGCCAGUUUAGUACUUAAUUUUUACUUUUUUUUUUUUUUAAUUUUGUGCGCACAAGCUAUUUUCUUCAGUGACCUUUUUAUUUACCUUUCUCUUUAUUUCCUGUCUUCUCUUUAGACAACUAGAAUGGCACUCAGUAGAUGGCAUACCUCCAUCAAGGCCCAGCCGUCCCCUUUUAUUCAAUCAAGCCUAUUCCAGUAUCAAAUAAGACAUUUAAAUCGGCUAGAUCCACAUUUUUAUUUGGAUCUGCAUCAAAUGGUUCUCACUCACAGAUGUAAAAUGACUAUAUAUGCAAACGAAAAUGUCAGAAAAACCUCCUUUUGACAAUGAUGUCAGAUAUAGUGAGAUAUAGUGAUUCCAAAUCCCUCACUCUGUCCCUUCAUCCGGAUAAGCACCAACAGAGAAUGGGCUGAGACCCAUCUUCAAGUUUCAUGGAAUCCUUUCUAUAGUUGUUGUGCAAUCCUUCUGACAAACCACCCAAACAACAGACACCAGUGAUGACAUAACCUCCUUGGCAGAGGAAAUAAAAGCAUAAAAUAGGCAUAAAAAAAAAAAAAAUUGGAAACAAAAUUGUCUGAAGAGAUCCGUGAUAUUAUUUGGAUUAUUUAUUUAUUUAUUAUGAAUAUUUUCAGAUUAUUGUUUUACCUGUAGUAUUACUCACACAUUCAAGUACUAUACAAUUACCUCAUUGUUAUACUACGACUACAAUCAUCCCAUUACAUAUACAUACACAACUUGAGACUCUAGUACCAUUUCUGCAAUACAGUACAAUAGGUGGUUGCUUUUGGCCCAUGGUUCAGUUUUAAUUUCGACCCCCCAGGUGAAAAGUUCAGACACCGCUGAUUUAAAGAAAAGACAGGAAAUAAAGAGAGAUGAAACACAGGUUUUGUUUGCACAGGUUCAAACAUAUCACCUAAAAGCACUAAAGGAGCUCCAUGAAAAUGUUAAGGAAAAAUAUUGAAAGUUGAUGUUUGUUCUGUCUCUGUGUUUGUUGUGCUCUUGUCAUUCCCAGUUUACAGUGAUUUUGGACUUGUUUUCAGGAGGGGUUUGCAUGUAAUGUGGAUAUGAACUAACUCUGUGCCUGAUGUUGCUAUUUCAUUGGCCACAGGAAACACUUGCACUUAGAAAGACCCCACCUCCGCUGUGCCUCACUUCCAAUGGUGCUUUUAGCAGUCUGACUCUUGAGUCUUGAUCUGUACAGUACUGUAUAUAACUUAAUAUAUUAUGCACAUGUCCUGCCCAGUGGGUGGAACAACCGCAAGAGACCAUUGAUAUGGUUAAAAUGUAGACAUUAAAGCAAUCUCAAGGGUGAA